GUGGCGGGAAUCUGUGGGUUCGCGUAGUCGCGGGGUCGUUUGGACUGUGCUUUGUGAUCCCGGCGGGCGGCCCCGGGACGGCCUCCGCCCCUGUUCUCGCCCGCCAGGCAGGGAAGAAGCCGGUGUGGGAGGAAGGCUUCCAGCUAGAGCCCCCGCCCCCGCCCGCAGCUCGCCCCAGGACCUUUUGGCCCUCCUGCGGCCUCGCUCCCCGCCCGGAUCCUCCUGACCCCGAGAUUCGUGGGUCUUCAGGUCCUGCGGUUUCCCUGCUUCGGCCUCACUGUUAAACCUUGGUGAGCCCCUGGUUCCAGGUUCCUGGUGUUGAGAUAAGAAACGUUUACAAACAUGUCCCGGAUCGAAAAGAUGAGCAUUCUGGGCGUGCGGAGUUUUGGAAUAGAGGACAAAGAUAAGCAAAUUAUCACUUUCUUCAGUCCCCUCACAAUUUUGGUUGGACCCAAUGGGGCGGGGAAGACGACCAUCAUUGAAUGUCUAAAAUAUAUUUGUACUGGAGAUUUCCCUCCUGGAACCAAAGGAAAUACGUUUGUUCAUGAUCCCAAGGUUGCUCAGGAAACAGAUGUGAGGGCCCAGAUUCGUCUGCAGUUUCGUGAUGUCAAUGGAGAACUUGUAGCUGUGCAGAGAUCUAUGGUGUGUACUCAGAAAAGCAAAAAGACAGAAUUUAAAACUCUGGAAGGAGUCAUUACCAGAACAAAGCAUGGUGAAAAGGUCAGUCUCAGCUCUAAGUGUGCAGAAAUUGACCAAGAAAUGAUAAGUUCUCUUGGGGUUUCCAAGUCUGUCCUAAAUAACGUCAUUUUCUGUCACCAAGAAGAUUCUAAUUGGCCUUUAAGUGAAGGAAAGGCUCUGAAGCAAAAGUUUGAUGAGAUUUUUUCAGCAACAAGGUACAUUAAAGCCUUGGAAACACUUCGGCAAGUACGUCAGACACAAGGUCAGAAAGUAAAAGAAUGUCAAACAGAACUAAAAUAUCUGAAGCAAAAUAAGGAAAAAGCUUGUGAGAUUCGUGAUCAGAUUAUUAGUAAAGAAGACCAGUUGAAAUCUUCAAAGGAAAUUGUCAAAUCCUAUGAGAACGAACUUGAUCCAUUGAAGAAUCGUCUAAAAGAAAUUGAACACAGUCUCUCCAAAAUAAUGAAACUUGACAAUGAAAUUAAAGCCUUGGAUAGCCGAAAGAAGCAAAUGGAAAAAGAUAAUAGUGAGUUGGAACAGAAAAUGGAAAAGGUUUUUCAAGGGACUGAUGAGCAACUAAAUGACUUAUAUCACAAUCACCAGAGAACAGUAAGGGAGAAAGAAAAGAGAUUGGUAGACUGUCAGCGUGAACUGGAAAAAUUAAAUAAAGAAUCUAGGCUUAUCAGUCAAGAAAAAUCAGAACUACUUGUUGAACAGGGUCGUCUACAGUUACAAGCAGAUCGUCAUCAAGAACAUAUCCGAGCUAGAGACUCAUUAAUUCAGGCUUUGGCAAUACAGCUAGAAUUGGAUGGGUUUGAGCGUGGACCAUUCAGUGAAAGACAGAUUAAAAAUUUCCACAAACUUGUGAGAGAGAGACAAGAAAGGGAAGCAGAAACUGCCAAUCAACUGAUGAAUGACUUUGCAGAAAAAGAGACUCUGAAACAAAAACAGAUAGAUGAGAUAAGGGAUAAGAAAACUGGACUGGGAAGAAUAAUUGAGCUAAAAUCAGAAAUCCUAAGUAAGAAGCAGAAUGAGUUGAAAAAUGUGAAGUACGAAUUACAGCAGUUGGAAGGAUCUUCAGACAGGAUUCUUGAACUGGACCAGGAGCUCACAAAAGCUGAGCGGGAGCUAAGCAAGGCUGAAAAAAACAGCAAUGUAGAAACCCUAAAAACAGAAGUAAUAAGCCUUCAAAAUGAGAAAGCAGACCUAGACAGGACUCUGCGUAAAUUGGACCAGGAAAUGGAGCAGUUAAACCAUCAUAUGACAGCACGCACCCAGAUGGAGAUGCUGAUCAAAGACAAAGCUGACAGAGAUGAACAAAUCAGAAAAAUAAAAUCUAGGCACAGUGAUGAAUUAACUUCGCUGUUGGGGUAUUUUCCCAACAAAAAACAACUUGAAGACUGGCUUCAUAGUAAAUUAAAAGAAAUUAAUCAGACUAGGGACAGACUUGCCAAAUUGAACAAGGAACUAGCUUCAGCAGAACAAAAUAAAAAUCAUAUAAAUAAUGAGCUAAAAAGAAAGGAAGAGCAGUUGUCCAGUUAUGAAGACAAGCUGUUUGAUAUUUGUGGUAGCCAGGAUUUUGAAAGUGACUUAGACAGGCUUAAAGAGGAGAUUGAAAAAUCCUCAAAACAGCGAGCCAUGCUGGCUGGAGCCACGGCAGUUUACUCCCAAUUCAUUACUCAGCUAACAGAUGAAAAUCAGUCCUGUUGCCCUGUUUGUCAGCGAGUUUUUCAGACAGAGGCUGAAUUACAAGAAGUCAUCAGUGAUUUGCAAUCUAAGCUGCGGCUUGCUCCAGAUAAACUCAAGUCAACAGAAUCAGAGCUAAAGAAAAAAGAGAAGCGACGUGAUGAGAUGCUGGGACUUGUGCCCAUGAGGCAAAGCAUAAUUGAUUUGAAGGAGAAGGAAAUACCAGAAUUAAGAAACAAACUACAGAAUGUCAAUAGAGACAUACAGCGCCUAAAGAAUGACAUAGAAGAACAGGAAACACUCUUGGGUACAAUAAUGCCUGAAGAAGAAGGUGCUAAAGUAUGUCUGACAGAUGUUACAAUUAUGGAGCGAUUUCAGAUGGAACUUAAAGAUGUUGAAAGAAAAAUUGCACAACAAGCAGCUAAGCUUCAAGGAAUAGACUUAGAUCGAACUAUUCAGCAAGUAAACCAGGAAAAACAAGAAAAACAACACAAAUUAGAUACAGUUUCCAGUAAGAUCGAAUUGAAUCGUAAGCUUAUACAGGACCAGCAGGAACAGAUUCAGAACCUAAAAAGUACAACAAAUGAACUUAAAUCAGAGAAACUUCAGAUAUCCACUAAUUUGCAACGUCGUCAGCAACUGGAGGAGCAGACUGUGGAAUUAUCCACUGACGUUCAAUCUUUGUAUAGAGAGAUAAAGGAUGCUAAAGAGCAGGUAAGCCCUUUGGAAACAACACUGAAAAAGUUCCAGCAGGAAAAAGAAGAAUUAAUCAACAAAAAAAUUACAAGCAACAAAAUAGCACAAGAUAAACUAAAUGAUAUCAAAGAGAAGGUUAAGAAUAUUCACGGUUAUGUGAAAGACAUUGAAAAUUAUAUUCAAGAUGGGAAAGAUGACUAUAAGAAGCAAAAAGAAACUGAACUUAAUAGAGUAAUAGCUCAACUAAGUGAAUGUGAGAAACACAAAGAAAAGAUAAAUGAAGAAAUGGGAAUUAUGAGACAAGAUAUUGAUACACAAAAGAUACAAGAAAGGUGGCUACAGGAUAACCUUACUUUAAGAAAAAGAAAUGAGGAACUAAAAGAAGUUGAAGAAGAAAGAAAACAGCAUUUGAAGGAAAUGGGUCAAAUGCAGGUUUUACAAAUGAAAAUUGAACAUCAGAAGUUGGAAGAGAACAUAGACAAUGUAAAAAGAAAUCACAGUUUGGCAUUAGGGCGACAGAAAGGUUAUGAGGAAGAAAUUAUUCGUUUUAAGAAAGAACUUAGAGAACCUUUAUUUCGGGAUGCUGAGGAAAAGUACAGAGAAAUGAUGAUUGUUAUGAGAACAACAGAGCUUGUGAACAAGGAUCUGGACAUUUAUUAUAAGACCCUUGACCAAGCCAUAAUGAAAUUUCACAGUAUGAAAAUGGAAGAAAUCAAUAAAAUUAUUCGUGAUCUUUGGCGAAGUACCUAUCGUGGACAAGAUAUUGAAUAUAUAGAAAUUCGGUCUGAUGCUGAUGAAAAUGUAUCAGCUUCUGAUAAAAGGCGGAAUUAUAACUAUCGAGUUGUGAUGCUAAAGGGAGACACAGCCUUGGAUAUGCGAGGACGAUGCAGUGCCGGACAAAAGGUUUUAGCCUCUCUCAUUAUUCGCCUGGCCCUAGCCGAAACGUUCUGCCUGAACUGUGGCAUCCUUGCCUUGGAUGAGCCAACAACAAAUCUUGACCGAGAAAACAUUGAAUCUCUCGCACACGCUCUGGUUGAGAUAAUAAAAAGUCGCUCACAGCAGCGUAACUUCCAGCUUCUGGUAAUCACUCACGAUGAAGAUUUUGUGGAGCUUUUAGGACGUUCUGAAUAUGUGGAGAAAUUCUACAGGAUUAAGAAGAACAUUGAUCAGUGCUCAGAGAUUGUGAAAUGCAGUGUUAGCUCCCUAGGGUCUUACGUUCAUUAAAAAUGUUCAAGAUUUAAAUGCCAUAAGAAGCAUAGGUCUUCAGGCAACUGCUUAUUUCUGGUACUGAGUCAGUAAGAAAAUAUAUUCUUUAAAAGGAACUUCAUGUCAAGGACUUGGAAUGUUUGAGAGGUUCUAAAAUCAUGAAAGUUGUUUCACAUGAAAUUUGGACUGAUUUUUUGUUUCUGGUUCCCUGAACCUCUUCCCCCUCCAAGCAGCCUGCAAGGCUCAACAGAGCACAGUUGGACUCAGUUUCUCUGCUUCGCUCCCCAGUACUGAUGAAUGAUUCCUGCUCAAAGCACUGUAGAGAAGCAGGUUCUCACUGCCUUGACAAUUUAUGGUUUUGGUGUAAAAAAAAAUCCAUGUUAAAUGUUACCUGUAAAUUUAUUUCCUUGCAUGUGGUUCAAAAAGAAAAUGAGUUAUCAGUGAGUAUUAAUAUCUGAAGGGGAUCAGAAAUGAUGAGAUUUUAAUAUUUGGCUCUGCUCUUAACUUUAUAAAUCCAUGCAAGUGACCUCUCACUCUGGAGCUUGGUUUCCCCAACUAAAAUUUGAAGUAGUUGAAUUGGGUCUCAAGGUUUGACAGGAACCUUUAGUAAUCAUCUAAUUCAAUACCCACUAUCUUUCCUCUGCCCACAUCCCUGCCAGGUCGUCAUCCUAAGUAGUCUCUAUCUAGAGAGGAAGCUCUCCACUAUGCACAUCCACCUUUGGAAAGCUCUGACCAAGAGCAAGGCUUCCCUUCACUUGAAGCCUGAUCUGCCCAUCACGAAGAAGUCUGUAACACUCUCUUCUGUGUAUCCUGUGUAACAUCUUAGCCUCGCUAUCAAUCCCAGUUGUUCUCCAAGUGUGCAUCCCAGUGCAGAAGGUGAGCCAGGUUCACUCACAAAGUCAAGACCUGCUCCCAGUGGGGUCCAACCAGACAUGGAAGAGCAGGCCUCUCAUUUUCAUUCCAGACGCCAUUUCUAAUAAAAACCCAAUCACACUUUUUUCUGGAAUUGCCGGCUGACUUCUUGAAGCCUUUUGCAAACAUUCUACACAAGAUGCAACCAAGUGAUGCACUUUAGAAUUACACUUUGUGGAAUUUUGUCGUUCAGAGUUUGUCAGGACCAUAUUGGAUCUUGAUUCAGUCAUGUUGCACAGUUUUGUGCCAUCUGCAGAUCUACUGAGCACAUUGUCUAGACAGCCUUUCUCAACCAGGGGCCAGAAGAGAAUUAAGCCCAAAAUCCUAAGGUAUCUGUGCUAGGCUAAAUAUUGGCCUGCAAAGAUAUACAGGUCCUAAUUCCUGACACCUGUGAAUGUUACCUUAUAUGGCAAAUGGGACUUUACAGAUGUGAUUAAAGCUAAGGAUCAUGAGAUACAAAGAUUAUCCUGGUGGGUCCUAAAUGUAACCAUGACUAGCCUGAUAAGAGGGAGGGUGCAUCGCAGAAAAGAAGGUGACGUGUUGAUGGAUGCAGAUUGGAGUGACGGACUUUAAAAAUUGAGGAAAGGGCAUAAGUUGAGGAGUACAAGCAACUGCUAGAAGGUGAAAAAAGCAAAGAAACAGAUUUUCCCCUCAGAGCCUGCAGAAGGAACCAGCCCUGCAACAGCUUGACUUUAGCCCAACGAAACUGAUUUCAGACUUCUGGCCUCUAGAACUAUAAGAGAAUAAAUUUGUGUUGUUUUAAGCUGGCAAGUUAGUGGUAAUUUAUUACAGGAGCUGUAGGAAAAGAAUACAGUUAUCCUUUCCAUCUAAUCAAUUUCUGUGCCUCUAAAAUGAUAUUAGUUCUGUACUAUCCUUGAGAGAAUUGAGAAAAGAAUUACUUAAAUCAUUUUCUUUCUGUGCUUCAUAUGAAGAAGCCUGGUUGAGAAAAGUUGGUCCAAUCCUCACCCAAGCCCUGGAUGAAAAGGCCAAGCAGCAUAGCCACUGCUCCAGCCUUCUCAUCCUAAUUAGCUUUAAUAAACUGAAAUAAGACUGGCAUAGUCCUGACAAAGACAUCACGAGAAAAAACAGCAUGUCAAUCUUACUCAGAGCACAGAUCCAGGAAUCCCUAAAUUAAGUAGAAGCAAAUCAAUUCUAGUCAUGUAUUAAAGUAAACAUAUACAAUAACCAAGGUGUUUUUAUUCUAAGAAUGUUUCAGAAAAUAUUUCUGUUCAUAAAUUAUAACCAUAAUAAAGCCAAAGGAGAAAAAAUUCUGA